UCUUCUCCUGUUCUCACGUGGUCAAGGGAAAAGCAUCUGUCUGGAGUCUCUUUAAUAAGGGCGCUAAUCCCACUCCUGAGGACUCCAUCCUCCUGUCCUUGGCACCUCCCAAGGGCCCCAACUCCUAACACCGUCACGUUGGAGGUCAAGUUUCCAGACCUAAACGGCAGCGGCCAAACAAUUUUCCCAUGUUUUCUUCACCUAAAGCCUGGAAUUUCAGAGGGCGGAAGCGGAAGCAGAGCGCGCAAGAUGAGGAUGCUGCCAGCCUUUGCAGUCUCGACAUAAGCGAACCUAGUAAUAAACGGGUCAAACCUCUUUCCAGAGUCACAUCACUAGCAAACCUCAUCCCGCCUGUGAAGGCAACGCCUCUAAAGCGCUUCAGCCAAACCCUGCAGAGGUCCAUUAGCUUCCGCAGCGAGAGCCGCCCUGACAUCCUCGGCCCCCGACCCUGGUCCAGAAAUGCCUCCUCCUCCAGCACAAAGCGGAGAGACAGCAAGCUGUGGAGUGAGACCUUCGACGUGUGUGUCAAUCAGAUGCUUACGGCCAAGGAGAUCAAACGGCAGGAGGCAAUCUUUGAGCUUUCUCAAGGAGAAGAAGACCUGAUAGAAGACUUGAAGUUAGCAAAAAAGGCCUAUCACGACCCCAUGCUCAAACUCUCCAUCAUGACCGAACAAGAGCUGAAUCAAAUUUUUGGAACACUGGACUCUCUGAUUCCUCUACAUGAAGAGCUCCUCAGUCAGCUUCGAGAUGUUCGGAAGCCAGACGGCUCAACAGAACAUGUUGGUCCCAUCCUUGUGGGCUGGCUACCUUGUCUCAGCUCUUAUGACAGUUACUGCAGUAAUCAGGUGGCUGCCAAAGCCCUCCUGGACCACAAAAAGCAAGAUCAUCGGGUUCAAGAUUUCCUUCAGCGCUGCUUGGAAUCCCCCUUUAGCCGCAAACUAGAUCUCUGGAACUUUCUUGAUAUCCCCAGAAGCCGGCUGGUGAAAUACCCUCUACUUCUCCGAGAAAUCCUGAGGCACACACCAAAUGACAAUCCAGACCAGCAGCACCUGGAAGAAGCAAUAAACAUCAUUCAGGGAAUUGUGGCAGAAAUCAACACCAAGACUGGCGAAUCCGAAUGUCGUUAUUAUAAAGAGCGGCUUCUGUACUUGGAAGAAGGCCAGAAGGACUCCUUGAUUGACAGUUCUCGAGUCCUGUGUUGUCACGGCGAACUGAAGAACAACCGCGGUGUGAAACUACACGUUUUCCUGUUCCAAGAAGUGCUUGUGAUUACUCGAGCUGUCACCCACAACGAGCAACUGUGCUAUCAGUUGUACCGGCAGCCGAUUCCCGUGAAGGACCUGCUGCUGGAAGAUCUGCAAGAUGGAGAAGUGAGGCUGGGCGGCUCCCUGCGAGGGGCCUUCAGCAACAAUGAGAGAAUUAAAAACUUCUUCAGGGUCAGUUUCAAAAAUGGAUCCCAAAGUCAGACUCACUCAUUGCAAGCUAAUGACACCUUCAACAAACAGCAGUGGCUCAACUGUAUUCGUCAAGCCAAAGAAACAGCUGUGUGUGUCGCCGGGCAGGCAGGGGUGCCUGACACCGAGGGACCGUUCCUAAGUCCCGCCAGCAGGAGCCAGGAGCCGCAGGGAGAAACAAAACUUGAGCAGAUGGACCAAUCGGACAGUGAGUCGGACUGCAGCAUGGACACAAGUGAGGUCAGCCUGGACUGCGAGCGGAUGGAACAGACAGACUCCUCCUGUGGCAACAGCAGGCAUGUGGAAAGCAGUGUCUGACUGAAGGGUGUGGCCCUCGUGGAAGCAGCCCUGUGUCUUACCUGUACAGUAUUUGCAUUCCACACAUGCAACGGUUUGGAGAAGCACUUUUUAAUAUGUUUGUGACCAUGUUGGCCCGUUCUCUUGUGUCUGUACCUUUGUCUCUAGUACUGUAACUGCUGAUCGAUCUGUGCCAGCAGGAACGUGGCAGCCGUUACCCUGCACUGUGUCUAAUAAAUGUCUGGAUGGAUGGAGAGGUACUUCCAAUUGUCCUGCUGGAUUUUUAAAAAUAGAAAAUCUAAACUACUGUUUUGUGUAGAUUGCUUGAAGAGUUCUUCCUCCCCUGCCUCUAGUGCUUUUGUAGCCCUUUGAUGUGGCGGCCAAAGGCAUGGAACCCAGAGAGCUUUCCAAAUAAGAGUUUGGGAUGGUGUUUGAGGGAGAACUGGGAAAAUCCAACACUUGACGUGAAAGCUUGGUUUUGUGUUCUUCCACCAGAAGGCAUAAAAACAUCCCUGGGGAUUCUGAAGGCCUAACUGGCAAAGGAGGAAGGGUUUCUUGGAGCUUGCAGUUUCAUCCAGUGCAAGCUUGAUGAUGCAGUCAUCGGUGAGGACAUGAAACAGAGGCUGACCUUGGAAGAGCCACGACAAAGGCAGCCGCCCCCUCUGCAUCUUUAACGGAAAUGCGCAUGGCUCUGAGAGGCGGUCAUCAUAGUUAGUAGCCUGCCAGCGAGAGCCAUCAGCAGCCUAAGAUAGUAAACUAGAACCUGAAGGGACUGGGCCAGCCUCCCAGGAUCACGAGCAAGCCCUGCCUUCGUUGGGUUUCACCUUUGCAGGCCACUUCUGUGAGGAAGCGGUAGGGAGAGUGACGGUGACCAGACCUAUGACUGAGUACAGAGCACACGAGAAGAAGACCUGGGAGAAGUGCUUCCUUGGGAUUGUCUUUGAGAACCGUUACAAGAUAAAAGCAAGGGAACAUGGCCAGAGCCUUGAGAAAAGCCGCAGUCUGAGGAUUUUCUGCUCUGAUGUUGGGUCAUCCAUUAGCAUCUCUGGUUCUGCGUCAUCAUCAAAAUCAUAAUGACAUUUUCCAGAGGCCAGUUUCGUCAACUGAUUAAUUAGGAUCAGCUAGACAAACUUGUAACCUCCUUGUCCAGCCUUGAUUUACAGAGCAGGGUGGCUUGCAGACCUUUAAAAACAAAAAAACAAAACAACAACAACAACAAAAAACCACAGGAAAACUCCCUGUGAUUGUAAAUAUUUAGAAUAACCUGUGCAAACUUAGACCCACACCAGCACUAGUAGUAAUUCUAAAUUAUUGCCAAAAAAAAUUUAAUUUUCUGUGUCCUUCAAGUUUACAGAAAAGAAAGCAGCAAAUACAAUAUUGUCAUUUUAUUGUGUACAUAGGUCAUACGCAUUCAAAGAAGCUGUAUAACAAGAGUUAAUGAUAUAAAAACAAGGUAUAUUACGUUAUUAUUUUUCGAAAGCAAAAAUAUGGUCAGCUUUACCCUGUAAAACAUAUUUAUAGAUUUUAAACAUGGUGAAUUUUUUCUAUUACAAGUUUAUUUAAAACUACUUUGUUUCUCAAGUUGUUCUGAUUUUGCGAAUGAAUGGACCUGCUGCAGACGGCAGAGAAAAGCUUAGAAAAGCUCUUCAAAGAUGGAAAAUGAGUGACUCACUCGUUCUUUGAAGAAACAUGGGCCACUUUGGCCAAUAUAUCAAGAAAAAAGGUUUGUCAAGUGCUGGCCUGUGGAAAGGGAGCCAUUGAAUGUUUCGAUGGAAUGAAUGUUUUUGUAUAAUGGCCUUAAACUUUUCUGGAAGCAUUUCAAAUAAAUUGCAUUAAAAAUGUCA